CGACCACAGCCCAACGCCUUAAAGCCAGCUGAGAGGUGGCGGCUCGGUGGACCUGCUCUCUCCCUCCUCUCUGCUCAGUCCAGGAGGGAAACUUCCAGAGAGCCCCCGUCUCUCCCAGAUGGCCGUGGCUCUUCUCCGCUCGCCCCAUGCCUCCCCGCCCGGCGGGCUGGAAUGGAGCAGACGGCCCCUAGGGCACCGAGGACCCAGAUUUACUCGCGAGUUUUGAAAUCAGCCGGCAAGGUACACGGGGGCCGGCCGCCUUCAUUCCAGAAAGGGCUUCCGCGGCAAGGAGGCCGGCGCGGCAUCCGCGCUGCCCCUCGAAACCCGAGAUGCGGAGGGCGGCUCCCUGGCGCUUUAUUUCCACCCCGCCCUCCCACGCUCACCCGCUGUUCAAAUUUUGGUCGGAGGAGAGAAAACAGCCUCGCGCCGGGGUGCGCGCGAAGACGAGCCGAGGGGAGACGGACACACCCUCCCGUCAGCCCUCCCCGCGCCGCGCGGCGCCAGGAGGCGGGGGCCCGGCGAGGCUGCGCCCACGGAGAACGCCGGCUCCCCGCGGCAAGGCGCCGACGAUGGCCGGUUGACUGGAGCGGGAGCGCCGCGCCCGGCGGGAUGAUGCUCCGGAGGGGCCCCUGGCCCUGGCGCGCGCGGCUGCUGCGGACCCCCGGAACCCAAGGCUGGGCGCCUCCGCGGCCGCCGAUGCCCCAGGUUUUGUGUGUGAAACUGUGCGGAAGCCUGAAAUUCUAUCAAUCAAAUCUUUAUAGUACACUGGUGCCAUCUGAUGAAAUCACAAUUAAUUAUAAACAUGGCCUUCCCUUGAUAACACUUACUUUGCCAUCCAGAAAAGAGCGCUGUCAAUUUGUAGUCAAGCCAAUGUUAUCAACAGUUGGUUCAUUCCUUCAGGACCUACAAAAUGAAGAUAAAGGUAUCAGAACAGCUGCCAUCUUCAGAGCAGAUGGCACUGAAAUUGCAGCUUCAACCUUGAUGGAAAUUUUGCUAAUGAAUGAUUUUAAACUUGUUAUUGAUAAAAUAACAUAUGAUGUACAGUGCCCUAAGAAAGAAAAACUGAGCGGCGAGCAGGCGUCUGAGAUGGAAAACAUGAAAUCGUUGGUUUACAGACUGUUCACCGCCUUGCAUUUAGAAGAGUUUCAGAAGAAGAGAGAGCACCAUCUGCUGGAGAAAAUUGACCACCUGAAGGGACAGCUGCAGCCCCUCGAGCAGAUGAAAGCUAGAAUCGAAGCUCGCUCGGAAGCCAAGAUCAGUGGCCUCCUGUGGGCUGGACUGGCGAUGCUGUCCAUUCAGGGCGGAGCACUGGCCUGGCUCACCUGGUGGGUGUACUCCUGGGAUAUCAUGGAGCCAGUCACGUACUUCAUCACGUUUGCAAAUUCCACGGUCUUUUUUGCAUACUUUAUAGUCACUCGACAGGAUUACACUUACUCAGCUGUAAAGAGUAGGCAGUUUCUUCACUUCUUCCAUAAGAGGUCAAAGCAGCAGCAUUUUGAUGUGGUACAGUACAACAAGCUAAAAGAUGACCUUGCCAAGGCUACCGAAGCCCUGAGACAUGUGCGCCGCUCUCUCUAUUUGCGGAUGCAAGUAGAGGAACUCGAUGAGAAGAAGUAAUCUUACAUUUUUAAUGUCAGUGAAUUUUUCCAUGAUGUGUUUAUUUUGCAACUGGAACUUUUUGAUUCCCAUAGUUCAUUUGCAUUUGACUGUUUCAAUCCCAUGUUAAUUAAAAAAAUGCUUGCAAAACACA